AUGGAAAUUUUGGGAGGUGGGGGGGUGGUGAAUGGGGAGAUGAAGGGUUGUGUGGUGGUUUGUAGGGGGUUUUUGGGUUGGUUUGGUGGGGAGUUUGGUAUUUGGGUUGGUGUUGGUGUUUGUGGGUGGGGGGUGGGUGGGUUAAAAAAUGUUUUUUGGUUGGGGGAGGGGUGUGUUGGGGGGUGUGAAUGUUUGAGGAAUUUGGAUUUAUUUGGUUUUGGGGGGGUUUGUUGGGGUGGUGUGGUGUUUUUGGUUGGGUUUGAGGUUGGGGUUGGUGGUUUGGUGUUAGGGUUGGAAGGGGUGGUAGGGAAGAGGGUUGGGUGGAAUGUAAUUUGGGUGGGUGUGGUUGUGGGUUGGGUAGGGUUUGGGGGGGUGUGGGGGUGUGGGAUGGGGGGUGUUGGAGGGAUUUGGGGAGUUGGGGGGGGUGGGGUGUUGUUGUGGGUAGGGGGGUGUGGGUGGUGGUUGUUUUUGGGUAGUGAGGGGGGGGGGGUGGGGUGGGUGUGGUAG